UUGAAGGAGUCGGUUGUGCGAUUUGAAGCGCUCCAGUAACGGUAAACGCGAACGCCAUCGCAUUGCCUGUUUUACUGUUAUUUUAACUCGGGAAGCCUGUGCCUUGUGUAUCUGUGUGUGUGCUCGCCUGUCUCUUUGUACAUAUGUGUGGGAGUCAAACAAAUAGCAAAGCGAAAAGGAAAAUCAUAGAGCAGAAAUUCCGAAAAAAAGGGGGUGGCGACCAUCCUGCUUUUCUGCGCCCGCUGCCAGUGUAACCACCCCCUCACAGUUACACCAACAAAAACAACAGCCACAACAAGGACUUGAGAGUAAACGCGAAAAACAAAAUACAUUCACGUAUGAACCGUUAACUGCGCCAUUCAGAAAUCGCAACAACAAAUAGAAAAUAUCAAAGGCAAAACAAUUAAAUUGUGUGUGUAAGUGCCAGAGAGAGAGAGAGCACAAAAUCAACAACAAAAUCGUUUGGAAAACAAACAAAAGUGUAAAAGGAGUUGGUGAAUAAUAACACAAGUUGGGUACCGCAAAAGAGAAAGCCAAUAAAAGGCUGUAAUAAUAAAAGCCAGACAAAGUGAAAAAGGACAAAAUCAUAAAAAAGGACAUUAAUAUUAUACUGGACUCUUGAGAGAAAAUGAUAUAAAAGUUAAGCACCAAAUCAAAUCAAUUUUCAAAGGAUAUUUUUUACAAGUAACCCAACCAUAUUGAAAGCAAAUAGCAAAAUUUAGCAUUUGAAAUUUAACAUUGUGGUAGCAAGUGAAAAAUAGUUUAUUACAAAAAAGAAAACAACUUUAAAAACCCGUUAAAACGACAGUCCAGCUCUGUUAUCUUUUGUAAUCCCAAGUCGAACUUUAAACCAUCGAAACAUGCUGAAAAACCGCUUGGGAAUUAUAUGAACGAGGAUAGGCCUCCACUGGAUUGCAUCAUCCGUCGAGGGCGUGGCUUAGCAUCGACUGUAAUGUACAGCUGCCAAGCAGGACCUUUCAUCACUCACACAUCAUCAUCAUCCUCAUCAUCCGAGCCAUCUUCUCCAGACCCAACGACACGAUGUCCACAACAGCAGCUGGUCUAAAGCCGGGACCCAAAGGAGCCAACGGAGUCGGGACGGAGACGGACCACAUCAUAACCAUCACCACUGCCAGCCUGACGGAGACCUUCAUCGAGGAGCCCGUGAAGGGAGUCGCCACUCCGGUCAGUAAGCCAAAGUCCUCGGGAAGCGGGGAUCCACUAGAGACCAUCACCUCCGGUGACCAGAGUGAACCGAGGAGAAAGAACCAGCCCUUGUGCCGGCUAUCCCAGCUGGUGAGCUACCAGAACAACAUCGCCGAUGUCCAGCAUCGGAAGGGAAGACGCCUCCACGGACUGCAGCUGCCACUGCAUCCUCUCCAGCUUUUUGGCUGGCUGGUGCUCCUCCUGUUUGGAGUGGCCAGCUACUGGGUGCUCAUUCCGGCCUUUCAUGCCCGCAUUCAGGGCCCACUGUACGGUCUGAUCACGGGCCUCUACCUGGUGCACAUCGCCUCCCAUUUGACGGCCCUGCUGACGGAUCCGGCGGACAAGGAGCUGCGGCGGGUGCAUCGCAACGACCGGAUCGUCCCGGAAUUCGACCGGACGAAGCACAGCCACGUGAUCGAGAACGGGCGGUGCCAUCUGUGCAACAUCCGCACAUCCUCCAGCCGCACCAAGCACUGCUCCGUGUGCAACAAGUGCGUGGGCAAAUUCGAUCACCACUGCAAGUGGCUGAACCACUGCAUCGGGUCGCGGAACUAUGUGGCCUUCCUGAUGUGCGUGGUCAGCGCGGUGGUGGCCACCCUGGUCAUCGUGGCCGCCGUGGUGGCCCAGAUCGUCUUCUACUACGUCCAGCCGGAGUGGCUGAGCUUCUACUGGUGUCCCAUGGACGCCAGCCACCCCAUGGAGGGCGGCGACUACAUAAACCUCACCCUGAGCCUGGGCAACGGCACCAUGAUGCUGCUAGAGCAGCAGCCGGCGGUGGAGGAGGAAGAUCGUCAGGAGUUCCUGGACGAGGAGCUGGCCAACGUGACCAUCUCCACACUGCCCACCCUCUUGGAAAACUUUACAGCCCUGAUAGAGGCUAGCACCACACAGUCUGGGACGAGCCUCUCCAAUCACACCGUUUCGCAGCCUGUCAUGGGCGGGAUUGGAGUCAACGAGACCAUCUUCCUGUUUCUCCUGGGCGUUCUGGGCCUGCUCGCCGCCGUGAGUGCGGGACUACUGCUGCACCUGUGCUUCUUCCACAUCUACAUCUCGUUUUUGGGACUGACCACCUACGAGUACAUAAGGAACCAUCGGCAGGCCCAGGAGGCCAAGACCAAGCAGCUCCUGGAGGGAGCUUCCAGCGUGGGUGUGGCCAAAAAUGGGAGCGUACACUUUUCGGCCUCCUUGCCCGAACCACAUAAUCCGUCCAAGUCGAUGCCAGGUGGCCAGCAGCUGUACUGCUGCUCCAGUGCCCCUCAUCCCAGCCAGCAGUCACAGGAGGCGGUGGGGCAAACAGAGCAAUCCCUUCGCUUGCACUGCUGUGCCAGCUCCAGGGAGUUUCACCAGAGCAGGCAGGCUAUCUAUGUGUGCUCGCUGCUGGAGGAGACUGUGCCGCAGAUUCAGGUCGAGCAGGACACGCUCAGUAGCUUCCAUUGCUGCUCCAGCUUUGCGGCCAGUUCCCUGCAGCGCAGGGUCAGCUUGGCCAAAGGAUCGCUAAUCUCGGCCGAACCACGUCCACAGAGACCGGCCACCUAUCUGCAGUACACCGAGCAGUGCACCCUCUGCACCUUCCGACUGAGAAGGGGAUCCUCGGAGGCCGUGAGCAGCGCCGGUGGCAGUAGUAGCACCCGCACCCUGACCAGCCAAACCGGGGGCUCCUCCUCCUCAGCCACCGCAGCUGGGAACAUCUCGAAGCAUCAGCGUUGGCGGAGGAAAUGGAAUUGCUGCGCCUCGGUUCCGGAUAGCCCCGAUGUGCCCAACGAUCUCCUAGCUGCUCUUACGUUCCGUGAACGCGAGGAGGCAGCAGCAGCGGCCAAACUGAAUGCCCAGGAGCUGCCCAUACAGUUCAUCCGCACCCUGAACGGCGGCCUGGACCAGGAGCUUCCGCUGAAGACUACGACAACGGCCACUCCGACGCCGCCUAGGAGCUCCCGACUUCGUCACAUGCUGCGGUUGCUGGGGCGCUAUCGAAGACCACGCUGUCGCCAUGGGGCCCAUCAUGGAAUCGCGGCCAAGGAGCACCAGAAUCACGGUGGCUCUGCCAUCAAGCAGAAUCAGAUUCGUCCGCUGCAACUGCAGGCGGCUGGGCGGGGCUACGCCAACUCCACGGCCACGCCCACACCGCCAGCCAGUUCGCCGAGCAGGAGUUCCCUGGAGAGCAGCGAACUGAGCACCAGCACGAGUCCCUCGUGCGGCAACAGCAAGGAGCUGAUGCUGCUGCCCACAUCCGUGAUAAGGGACGACAGCGUGACCACCUAUACGCUGACCCUGCCGCCCGCCCUGCCGCCGCCAACGAGGAGGAAAAUGAACCAGACCAGUCAGGAGCUGGCGGAGCUGGCCGAGACACUGGGAUUUGCCAGCAACCUGCAGCACAAUCAGCACAGCAGCCAGACGAACAGCCGGACGCUGCCCAGUUUGGGGAAUGUCUACCGCCGGCAGAGGCGGAAGCACUUCCUGCGAACACGAUCGCCCACUCUGUCGCCCAUCCACGAGUCCGGCCUCUCGAAUCCAACCUCGCCGCAGCCUCUGAGGCACCUCCACCACCAGAACCUAGCCAACUCGAACUCCAAUCCGGCCAAAGCCACGUCCUCGCCGCUGCUUAACCGCAACUCUGGGAACUCCUCGGCGCUUCUAGUCCAGAAUCUGUGCAGCUUGGCAGGGGAAACGCUGAGGAAGACCGCCUCCAACAGCUCCCUGCAGAGCCUCAGCUCUAAUUCGAGCAGCACCUAGAAUCGAGUGUCCUUGAUGGUUUCUGUUUGGUCCCUAGGUUAGACUUAGCUAUAGCCCUAGCCUUAGUAUUCCCCGCAAUCCAGGCAGUUCUGUUGGAUUUCCGGAAAUCAAUUAAUCCGCAAAUAAGCAUCGAAAGUCAUAACUGAAAUCAAUUAAGCACGAGGAGUGGGAGUGGGGUUGGAACUGGGUGGUGAGCUGUCAGGGCCAGAAGGAAAGGAAAUUGCCUUUGAUGCGAUGCGGUUUCAUGGCCAAACUUAAUUACCGCUUUUGGUCAGGGCUCCUUUGUUUGAGUCUGUGGAUUGCAUAUUUGAUUUAUUAAGAGUCUGAUGUGGAGAGCUAAUAGGAAAGAUUGGAAUUUUUGCUAUAAAAAGCCAAGUUAUUAGUUUUACUUCUAUGAAGAGCGUUUUGUUACUCCUUAAAAACUAUUUGAUUUAUGAACUACUUAAUAAGUUUAAUGUGUUGUUAAAUACGAAUAACUCAUAUGGUAUCUAUCUAUCAUAAACUAAGCUUAUUGGAAGCAUUCCAAAAGCUCAUUCUGUUUUUCUUAAUCUUUUCAAAUAUUUACUUAAGUUCCUAAUCUUGACAUAACACACUAAACUAAGAAAAUAUUGGUGUUUAUUUUGAUUUAUUAAAUUCUAACAGCUGCAUAAAUGACAUUACGUUUAUCUUAAUACAAUCUUAUUGAUUUCUGUUCUCUAAAUCGUCUAUUUAUACUUAAUCCACAUUCCCAUCGACAUUCCUUGCAUUUUCUAUUUCCAUCCGGAAAACAUCGUCAGUCCCUAACUGCAUCGACUGUUUUUCCCCCAAACUAAACAAGUCUUUGGCAUCCUUUGAAUGACUUUGCAGUUGAAUUGAUAAAAUAUGCAACAGCAUGUGCCGAAGAGUUGGAGUUGGGUGCUCUACCCCCUAGAGUUUACUCACUUUUUUCCACACCCACCCCUUGGAUGGUAUUGAUUUUCAUUUUGGAAAAUGUGCGAGCGAAGGCGUCGGGUGAUUACGUAUUGUAUCUGCAGCUGAAGCUUCGCUGUAUCUGUAUCUGAAUCCGUGUGGCCGUGUAUCUGGCAGCCAGAAAAAAAGAGGGGAAGGAGCGAGGACACAACUGCAGCAUGUUGCCAAAUAGUUACGCAAAUGUUUUCAUUCGAUUUAAAUUCAAGUGCCGGGGAAAACCCAGCCAACUGCCGAUGGCAAUUGUCAGGGGCUCUAAACUUGAUUCUGACGACUGUCUCUGGGCCCAUUAAAUAUGCCGAAGCUGAAUAAUUAAGGCGGCACAAGUCAGGAAAACAAGGUCUGGAAAGCGGAGAAAUGGAAAUGCGUCAAAGCGGGAUUGGAUGGGAUUGAGUUCAUGUGCUCAUCCUGCUCAGUUGUCAGUGGGGCAGCUAUCGGGGCUAAAAGGCAGUGAUAGGUAUAUGGAUAGACAGCCAUAACGACUACGCACAUGACACUCCGGGUACCAGGUGGCGGUGGUCCUGCUGGUCUUUAUCACCCCCCCAGACAGUCGGCGAUUCGUGUUAUUGAAACUGACAGCAGAAAGAGUCCAUUUUUAACCGGUGAAGAGCAGGUGGGCAAGUGGGGAGUGGCAGCGGUGUCAGGUGGAUGGGUUGGAAAGAGAAUCGCUUUGAGCACAGGAAGUGGCCGUCGAGCUGCUCGGGGCGGAGUGUGAUUAGUUUUUCUUUUAGUGGCCAUUCCGAAUCAAUUUAUGCUAACCUCAAUCACAGAAUCCAUACUCUCGGUUUAAAUGUGUUUAUUCAUGUGAUGGGUUAUCAAUUGGCUUCUAAAAAUACAAUUUCCGGUUUAAAUAUGUUUAAAUAUUUGAAAUUAAACAAAUGGCGGCAAAUAAGCUGGGAACUUAACCAGAACCCAUUUAAUUUAUGGCUCAAACUACUUAAAAAGUUGUGCAAAUAUAUUCUGGGGCAGUGUGCACGCCAUACUUUUCAAUACUUUUGUACUAUUAAUCAAAUUGGAAAAGGUCAUCCGAAGUUUCGAACAAUACAGCCCUUAAAGUUUCAAAUAAUUACUCUAUACUUAACCACCGAACUUCAGACUACUACCCAUUAACUUUAAAACAUGAUAAAUUUGUUUUCAAAGUUGUAAAAGUUUUCCGCCAACAUUCUACUUAAAACAGAGUUAACUUUCUACUUAUCCUCUUUAAAGUGUCAUCCUUAUAGCUUGUGAUGACAUAAUCCUAAAUAAAAUCAGGGGUAUUAAAUUAGUUUUACUUUUGGCAUAUUGCAAGUUUGUUUUUUCCGCAUAAAGUUUUGUUUAAACUAGUUGGCAUAAUAUAAUAUGGUUUACAAAUUAUUCUCUUUUUAUUCGCUGGUAUACCAAUUAGUUAAUUUAACUUCCCAGUGCACUUUGUUUGUAUUUCGGUCACCCUGUCGGCGGAUUGAGGCCAAAAUAAAUGGCAAGUUAAUUAUAGAGACCCCAUUCUUUGUAACACACGGCAAAUCAACGCGACUUGACUGCAAAUACUGUGCCUCUCGGGGAUGGGGACACCCAUGGAUACCUGAAUAGAUGGAUACGGUGGGAAGGAGGCGGCCAGAGGGAGUGUCAUUGAGCCCGUGUCUAGAAAGACGCGACUUCCGGAAGACUGACAAGCAUUUUUGCAGGGUGCUCCCACUCGGUUCGAGUUCAGUUCGUUUGCAGUGACAAGCGACAGACGCCUGGUAAAUGACUGAAAAUAACAUAAUGCAACGACUAUAAAUGGAUUUUCAAUGCAGACUUUGCUGCACCGACAGCUGGAGCAACAAUUUUCUCGCCUUUCUUAUUUUCCUCGUUUAUUUCCGCAAGCAAAACACGCUGCAUACUUUUGAGGGCGCUUCUGUGGCUCCGUAUCUGUGGGCGCUUGUUUGUGUGACGGUGUGGGUGUUCGGUUGUGCUUGUGUGUGUGUAUGUGUGUGGAAAUGUUUAAUUUGAUGGCACUUGGCGUUAACAUUUGGAACUGCACCUGCUGCCUGGAGACACACGAGCACAAAAGCCGCGUGCUUCAUUACGUAUCCGACAUGUGUGCCACAUAUAUUAUGCUAUUCGUGUUUUGUUUCACAGCAGAAACGAUAAUGGCCGACGAUUGUGACGAUUCCAUGAAUAGCACGCACAUAUACGACGUUACGGAAUUGGAAUUUUCCUUUUUUGUUCUUAGUAUACAUUUCCUUGGUAGUUCCAACUAACCGAAAAUCCAUUAUGAGAGUUAUACUUACAAAAUGGUAGCCCCAAAUUGAUUUCAAAUUGAUCGAAACGUUUUAUGUAUUUAUUAUAUAGCAAGAAUCCCAACAUAUUUCAUAUCUGCUUCUCUAUUUCAAUGUUAUUUGAUACGUUUUCACCGUUCUUUUUCAUUCUACCCCCAAAGAAAUCUUCUUUACUUUGUGUACACUCUGUGUAGCAAGAUAGCUCCCCCAAAUUUGAAUUUUAAAUAGGAACCACCAAAGUGGCCAUCUUCCUUGCUCCUUACCCCACCAAACGCAAUCUUUUCCUUUGGUUUUCCAUUCAGCAUUUUUUCCUUUUCUGGCGCCGCCCAUGUAUACGAAAUGCAUAUAUUCAUCCGGCUGUCUGACCAUCCAGUCACACUUCAGAGGCGUCUGUCCAGGUGCAUGCACCCGAGUGCCUGGAGACACCUGGAGGAUCUCUGUGUUCUGUGGGCGAAAGCUUUCAGAUGGCUAUGAAAAGAUAAAAUACGGAAUGUGUGCGUAUUUAUUUGUAUAAAAAUAAAUUCGACUUUAAUUGCAUGUUCGUGUCAUGUUCCCGCGCUUCUGGCUCCUGGCCACGCCCCCCAGAAUGGCCAGGGAGAACUGCCAGGCAACGCCCCCGAAUUUUCAGUUUGAUUCCCGCUUGUGGAGUUUGUUUACAAGACAUAAAGCAGAAAUGUUCUGGGUGAAAUGGGGACUGGGACUUCCCCAGUGGAGUAACUUUCCCUAUGGCAACAAAUGCAACGCUCUUGUUGCUUUUGUUGCCCUGGUUAUGGCCGUGCAUCAAUUAUAAAACAUUUUCUUGUUGCCGUUUCAAUACUGCUUUGACAUGCAAGCCGAAAAUGUUUUGAAUUUUUGGUCGAGAGACAGGGAAACACUGAAAUUAAAAACUAACAUAAAAGAAUUAAGCUCGAAUAUUAUUGUUGUUCUGUGCAUCCCAAAACUGAUGUUCUAAAACAGGAAUACGUAUUGUAACUUCUUUAAAUUCUUGAAGUUACCAGUUAUUUUUUUCUUGUGUAAAAGCAACAUGUCCUUUGGAAAUUUGCCUAAUUUCUCAGAUUGCCUGAAGGAGAAUUUUACCCUUUCCAUGGUUAUGUCAACGAAUCAUGAUUGAUUGGGCCUGAAUUGGGUGCGAUGUCUCAUCAGUCCAGACAGUUGCCUUCGCCUCCAAGUGCCUCCGCCCUUCCCCUUCCUUUUCCAGGUUGUUAUUAGCAAUGGUAGUUAGGCUAGCUCCAACUCCCACUCCACCCAGUCCUUUUGUUUUUCCUGCGCCCUGCAAUGACAUUUUCAGCUGCUUUGCUUAUCCCUUUUCGCUGGUUCAACGAACUUCUGGCUCUCGGCUCUUUUGUUGAAUUCUCAGUCAGGUGGAAUAUUCAGAACACACAGACAUAGGUGGAUCCGACCGCCCGGCCGCCCCUCUAAUAUGCUUUUCAAUUUAGUUAAUGACUUUCCAGAUAGGCCCUUGAACCGAUUUGUGGGUAGGUCCCUCUGCAACUUAGGCUAAAACAAAUCAACAGAGAAAUAUAAGAAAUGUGUACGAGACUGCAAACGUGGUGGUAUGGAAAUUGGGAAAGGAUUGUCAGAAAACAAACAAAAGAUUGAAAAAUAAAACAAUAAUUAUAUUAAUUUAGCCCAGCCAAUUAAGUGCGAAACUUAGAGCACGAUUAUAAUAAAUCUAUUUUGAUAAAAUGUGCAGUUAACAAAGUCCAUUAAAGAAAAUAUUUUAAAUGAAAAUUAAAGGAAAGAUAUUUACGAGUAUGCAAAACAGAUAUUUGAAUAAACUGAAACAGGAUUAAGGCCAAGAUAAGUGUGCUGUAGAAAUGAGUUCAAAACAUUUGAGGACAUGCUUUGUACUGUAAAAAUAUAAUAAAAUAAUAAAGAUGGUUUAAUCUAAAAUAUAAUGUUUCGUUUGAUAUUUUUGUAGAAGCUAAGAGACUUGUAAAUCGCUGAAUCGCAAAAAGAGCGAAGAUACUAAAGUGAAAUAAAAACACCACAACAAGCUG